UGUUUUCAGUAAUUAAAAUGUAUCCAAUAGUUUCAUUUAUGCUAGACACUCUUAUCAACUAUGCUAUUUAACGACCGUCAUUCUUAUUUCGAUAUUUUUAAAACGUGCUGAAAUAUGUUGAAAAUACAGUACUUAGUUUAAAAUGAUUGUUUCGUUGGAUAAACAAGAGCAAACAUUAGAAUUUAGGGAUUGCAACAGCGAAUCUUAUAAAUCUUCAGUAUGGAUGUUUUGGAAGGCGAGAAGAUAUAUUGUGACACUGUUGGUAUUUCUCGGUUUAUUGAGCGACAAUGCUUUAAGAGUGAAUAUAAGCGUAGCCAUUGUGGCUAUGACUCAAAUGAAAAAUGUUACUUUGGCGAAUGGGACAACCAUAAGUGAAAGUAAUUUUGAUUGGAACAUGAAGAUGCAAAGUUUUAUUUUGAGCUCAAGUUAUUAUGGAUUUUUAUUCACUCAAUUAAUGGGGGGAUAUUUAUCGGCACGAUUUGGAGGUAAAUUAGUAUUUGCAACAGGAGUUGCUGGUGUUUCCAUACUUACUCUAUUAACCCCAAUAGCUGCAAAAACGAAUGUGUAUUUCUUAAUAGUUGUUGGUUUAUUCAAAGGAGUUUUUGCGGGUCCGUUAUUUCCUUGCGCCAAUUAUAUUUUCGCCAAAUGGGCACCUACAUCAGAAAAAAGUAGGUUAGUAACAAUUGGUUUUUCGGGAGCUUAUGCAGGAACUCUCAUAUCUUUUCCGAUAUCUUCAAUAUUAGCAACAUAUCUAGGAUGGGAAAGCGUUUUUUAUGUACUCGGAGUUUUUGGUUGCGUAUGGAUGGUACUUUGGUUAGUUAUGGUCUCUGAUUCGCCGUCUCGGGAUUCAAAGAUCAGUCAAUCCGAACUUAUAUACAUAACCAAACAUUUAGAGGAAAUCGAAAAAGAAAAAUUGAUAGUUCCUUGGAUAAAGAUCUUCACAUCGGUGCCUGUAUGGGCGUUAACAAUUGCCGUCGGCUGCAAAGCAUGGGGAUAUUUCGCUUUAUUGAGUCAUUUGCCCACUUUCGUAAAACAUUGUUUAAAUUACGACUUGAAGGAUGCCGGAUUUGUAUCAGCUGCUCCUUAUUUAGCGAUGGUGAUUUUGAUACAGCUCGCCGGGCAUUUAUCUGAUUUCAUAGAAACCCGCAAAUUAUUGACUAGAACUCUUUCAAGAAAAUUAAUGAUAUCUUCGGGAUUAUUAACACAGUGUGUUUUCAUGGUUUUGGUUGUACAUUGGCUUUCCGUUUUUGGAAGCAACUUUUGUCUUAUAAUGUCUAUUGGUUUAGGGGGAUUUACUAUGGCCGUAAUAACGAUUAACCCAUUAGAUUUAAGUCCAAAUUAUGGUAGUAUUAUUGGUGGUAUGAUCCACACAUGUGGAACUAUUUCUGCGAUUUUAAGUCCAACUAUUACUGGAUAUAUUGUUACUGAACAAACGGAUGUAGAACAGUGGAGAAUCGUUUUCUACCUAGGCGGUUUAAUUUAUUUUUUUGGAGCUGUGAUGUUUAUCGCUUUCGGUUCUGGUGAUUUGCAGCCGUGGGAUUCCAACGAAAACCAAAAAAAGGAAACAAGAUUUAAUCUAAACAAAUCAGAUAAAUACAUUCAGAAAAGUUUUGAUUCGAAUAAUUUAUGUAUAUACUUCCUGUGUUUUCUAUGCAGAUCAUCAUGGAUGUUUUGGAAAACGAAACGAUAUUUGGUAGCUUGUUUAUCGUUUUUUGGGUUUUUCAAUGUUUAUGCCUUAAGAGUAAAUUUAAGUGUAGCCAUUGUUGAUAUGACACAAGCUAAAAAUGUAACUUUAGAAGAUGGCAGAAAUAUUUUAAAACAAGAGUUUGAUUGGGACUCUAAAUUACAAGGAUAUAUUUUAAGUUCAUUUUUUUAUGGAUAUAUAACGACUCAAAUAAUUGGAGGAUAUAUCGCAGCGAGAUUUGGUGGAAAGCGUAUAUUUGUUCUAGGCAUCGGAACAACUGCCCUUCUAACCAUAUUCACACCGAUCAUUGCUAAGACAAAUGUUUAUUUUUUAAUUGGUGUCAGAAUUAUAGAAGGUAUUUUUGAGGGUGUUACAGUUCCAGCAAUUCAAGCAGUUUGGGCAGUUUGGGCUCCACCUUUAGAAAGAAGUCGUUUGGUAACGUUUUCAUAUUCUGGAACUUUUGUUGGCACCGUUUUUGCGAUGCCGGUCUGUUCUCUAUUGGCGUCAUUAUUAGGAUGGGAGAGCAUUUUCUACUUUUUCGGCACAAUCGGUCUAAUUUGGUGCAUAUUUUGGUUAUUGAUUGUGUCCAAUUCACCUGCUGAAGAUUCUUCAAUUAACGCAAAGGAAUUGGAGUAUAUACAAAGUUCUAUUUCUGACGGGAAGAUCGAUGAUUAUGACGAUAAAAUACCUUGGAUCCAGAUGUUAACUUGCAGGCCCUUCUGGGCCAUUGCUGUGGCAAAUAUUAGCGAAACUUGGGGAUUUUAUACGUUACUCACGUAUCUUCCUAAAAUUAUGAAAAAUGUUUUAGGUUUUGAUUUGAAUGCCGCUGGUUUUAUAUCGGCUUUACCCUAUUUGGCAAUGGCGGUGAUAUUACAAGCGGCAGGACAAAUAGCAGAUCAUUUGCUGGUUAAAAAACUUUUAACAGUCACGCAGGUCAGAAAGCUGCUAACUUGUUUGGGAUUCUUAGCACAAACAUUAUUCAUUUUAAUAGCAGCGUUUUGGAUGACACGAAUUGGUACAACUUUUUGUUUAGUAAUGGCUGUUGGACUGGGAGGAUGUGCUUUCGCUGGAUUUGGUGUAAACUCUUUGGAUAUAGCACCGAAAUAUGCUAGUAUCAUAAUUGGUAUAAGUAACACGUUUGGAACUAUUCCAGGUAUAGUCAGUCCAAUCUUAACAGGAUACCUAGUCACGCAUCAGGAAGAUAUCAAUGAAUGGAGAGUAAUAUUUUAUAUAUCAUCAUCCAUAUAUCUUUUUGGGGCUAUAUUUUUUGCAUUUAAUGCUUCUUCCGUGCUUCAGCCGUGGGCUCAAAGUAAAAAGAAGGAAAAAGAGCUGAAUAGACAAAAUAUUUCCUCGGAAAUUCACGACAAUGCGUCUUAUCAGAAGGAUCUAACCUGAAAGCUUUAUAUGAUAUCAACAAAUAAUAGAAUAAACUUUUAUAAACGAC